CCAGAACUCAACAGGAAGAAGUCCUCAGACGUGCUACUAGUAACUUCCAUGAUACUUAUAACUUCAAUCCUGCCAGGUAAACAGGUAGCCAGCUCGAAAUACUUUUCCGUUGUCUCAUUUUGCACCUCAAAACAGUCUUCGGCUCAAGUUUCUUGAUUGACAUCAACAGAGUCACGGUCCUCCAGCAUGGCACUCCCGCCGAAGUUUGCCGGGCAACUGCUCGCAUCAUCCUCAACCAGCGAAGCAAAGCAUACCAUUGAGAUAUAUCUGGAUUAUACUUGCCCCUUUUCUGCCAAACUAUUCAAGACCUUCUACACGGGCGUUGUGCCUUUGAUCGAGAAAAAGUAUACAAAUCCAGGGAUCCGGGUCAUCUUCCGCCAGCAGAUCCAACCAUGGCAUCCGAGCUCCACCCUCGUACACGAGGCCGCUGCUGCCGUCUUGAGGACAGCACCAGAUUCCUUCUGGGCCUUCUCCGAGAAGCUGUUUGACCACCAGAAAGAGUACUUCGAUGAAGCUGUCGUCAACGAAACUCGCAACAAUACUUACAAACGACUUGCCAAACUAGCUGGUUCGGUCAAAGGCGUGGACGAAAAGCAGAUCCUGGACUUGCUUUUGAUUUCGGAGAAACCAGGCGAGGACGGCAGCUUGAACACCGGAAACAAGGUGACCAACGAUAUCAAGUUCAUGGUCAAGGCGAACAGAUUGACCGGCGUGCAUGUCACACCCACAGUCCUGUUCAACGGAGUCGAGGAGCGCAGCAUCAGUUCUUCCUGGACUGUGGAACAGUGGGACGAGUGGCUGCAGAAGAAUGCUUCACAAACAGCUUCGCGUUUGUGAGAGGAUCUGGCAGGAUCCAAAAUUUGCCUUGCGUGGAAUGGCUCGGCACCGUCGACGAAUAGUCAUUGACACGUUUCCAGGCUCGGCGUCAAGUUUGGGCGAAGAACAAUAAAAAGGCAAACGAUCGAGCAUCGGUGUUGAACGGCGAUUAUGGCUAUGCUAAGCAUGAGCAAACAGCUGGCAUUUCGGACCCAAACCUCCGUUGCCGUCUUGCAUCGAUUCGUCCAGACAUACAGAACUGGUAGUAAGCACGCUCGCUGAAUGCACAGUGAAAUAAACCUCCCCAGCUGAACAGUAAACGCCAUUAUAAUGCUGCGCCGGUUACGGGUGUCUCUGGCGAGAGCCCUUGAUCAUUGGGCUGGUGGCUGAUAACCGAUCGGACGUCUAUGGUGGACAUUAGUACAAAUCAACUCUUGCUGGUCGUUCCGGCUUACUUGAACAGUAGGAUGUGCGGUUCCGGCUCGUGCACUUCGUAAUGUUCCCAUCCCAAGCUCUAAGUUUGAAUCAGCGGACUGGCCCAACCAUGCAGUAACAGCUCCCUACCUGUGUGAUUCCCAACCC